AUGGCUCAAGAGAAUCCUCUCAACCCACCCAUCCCAAGUCAAGAAAACCCGCGAUUCACACUCGAGCUCGAAUUUGUCCUCUCCCUAGCGAAUCCCCAUUACAUCUCUCACCUAGCCGUCGCUUAUCCCCAUCUCCUCGGAGUGUCUUCUUCUGCCUCCGCCUCAGCUUCAUCUCGCGCUGUUGGUGCUGAUGAUAGCUCUCCGUCCACUCCUACAUCGGAUGCGCAAUCAUUUGCCGCAUACCUUGCAUACCUGUACUCGUAUUGGAAGCGGCCUGAGUAUGUGCAAUUCCUGACACAUCCUGGCGCGACGUUACGGGCGUUGCGACUAUUGCAGGACGAGUCGUUUCGGCAGGCUGUCAUUCGUCCGCAAGUUAUUGAGGCAUUGUUGGGUGUUGGGCCGGAGAAGGGGGGAAUUGCUGGAGUGAGAGCCGGAGCUGGUGAGAAGGAGAAAGAGGCGCAGAAUGAAGCUAGGGUGCCAGGCGGUCUUGAGGGGAGAAAUGGGAUUGAGGCUUGA